AUGUCAUACUUCGAACGCACCUCUUCUCCUGUCCUCACCAUGGCCCCAAGUGCGCCUCACGGCGCGUUUGCCAUGCCUCCCUUUUCACACCAGUCCUCUCCACUUAGCCAUGUCCAUUCCUUGGGACCCUCAUCAUACAUGUCCAACAGCAAUGGCACCUCGUCAACGGCCGGCCGCAAGCGCUCCAGAGAUGAAGCCGGCGUCAAUCUUGAUGUCGAGGAAGCCAAGCUCCAGACUAUCGAACCCGUCAAAGAACCAGAAGACGAGUGGGUUUAUGGCGAAGGCAUGGUGCUCAUCAAGUCACCAUCAUCGUAUGUCGCAAGCGCUGGUAGUCAAUCCGGAACCUGGCUCGAGGAAAAAGCCGCCGCAGACGAGAAACGCAAGAAUGAAGAGGCUCGAGCUAUCAAUCAGCAAGCACGACCAUCUCUCCGCAGUCACAAAUCUCAACGAUUGGAUAUGAACUCUGUAUCGCUUUCUAGCGCCGAGACCCAAGCGAGGCGGACUAGCCCUGUUCGCGACACCGCCCCUGCGGUAUCUACGCCUGGUCUUUCCACAGAUGCCAGCACCCAGCCUAUCGUCGACAACUUUACACUUCAUCUCGGCAUUGGGUGGCGUCGCAUAAGCGAAGAUGAACAUAUCCAGGCUGCGGCUCGUGGCUGGUCGCGCUACAUCGAGAACCACUUCCCUGUGACCAAUGCUCAAAUCCGAUUAGAAAGCAAAGGGCUUCAAUCCUAUCUUGUCGAGGCUUCCGAAGGCUUUUUCUUAUUCGCCGAAGACUUGCGCCAGGGCCAGCUUGUCAGCAGGAAUGUUGACCAAGCUCUUCUCAACUUGAAGUCGACACCCCCAGUCUUUGAGGGUCUCGAGGUCAUGACGGCUGCAGAAUCCCCGCGACCUAUCGACAUGCCUUCGCCCCAAGUGCCAGUAUCUGUGGAGAUGGACAUGAGCUAG